ACUACAGCCGCCACAGGUCCCCCGACCCCCUGCCCUCCACCCCUGCAGUCAUCCCUCCGCGGCAACGCCUGCCCUUCCCCUGUGCUGCCUUCGGGUCCCCAGGAGCCACCACCCCUGACCAUGUAGAUGCCAGCUCCAGGGAGCAGCAUGGACCCCACUGAAUGGAGACUUCUGGAUCGACAGCCCUGAGCCCCUCCGGCCCCUGGACCUCGCCGUGCACCCAGGGAAGCCCCUCAGAGCCCACCAUCGCUGUCACCAGUCCACUGCAGCUGUCCCCUGGAGUUGGCCGUCAGGAGCCACAGCCAUCCUGUGAGGUUUUACAGAGGACAGCCCUACAGAGCUAUCACCCGGCAGCCUCCUGUCCAGUGCUGACCCUCGGGCCCACCCCGAGCAGGGACUGCAGCAGACAUGGGUGACAUGACCAACAGCGACUUUUACUCCAAAAACCAAAGAAAUGAGUCGAGCCAUGGGGGCGACUUCGGGUGCACAAUGGAGGAGCUGCGCUCCCUCAUGGAGCUGCGGGGUACCGAGGCCGUGGUCAAGAUCAAGGAGACCUACGGGGACACUGACGCCAUCUGCCGGCGCCUCAAAACCUCGCCUGUUGAAGGUUUGCCGGGCACUGCUCCAGACUUGGAAAAGAGAAAGCAGAUUUUUGGACAAAACUUCAUACCUCCAAAAAAGCCAAAAACCUUCCUGCAGCUCGUGUGGGAAGCGCUGCAAGAUGUGACACUGAUCAUCCUAGAAAUCGCGGCCAUCAUCUCCCUGGGGCUCUCCUUCUACCACCCACCCGGCGAGAACAACGAAGGAUGCGCCACAGCCCAGGGCGGGGCAGAGGAUGAAGGGGAGGCAGAGGCGGGCUGGAUUGAGGGGGCUGCCAUCCUCCUCUCGGUCAUCUGCGUGGUCCUGGUCACAGCCUUCAAUGACUGGAGCAAAGAGAAACAGUUCAGAGGCCUGCAGAGCCGCAUUGAGCAGGAGCAGAAGUUUACCGUGGUCCGGGCUGGCCAGGUGGUCCAGAUCCCUGUGGCUGAGAUCGUGGUUGGGGACAUCGCCCAGGUCAAAUAUGGUGACCUCCUCCCUGCUGACGGCCUUUUCAUCCAGGGCAAUGACCUCAAGAUCGAUGAAAGCUCCCUGACGGGGGAGUCUGACCAGGUGCGCAAGUCCGUGGACAAGGACCCCAUGCUGCUGUCAGGGACCCACGUGAUGGAGGGUUCUGGACGGAUGGUGGUGACCGCUGUGGGUGUGAACUCUCAGACUGGCAUUAUCUUCACCCUUCUGGGGGCUGGUGGUGAGGAGGAAGAGAAGAAAGACAAGAAAGGUGUGAAGAAGGGGGAUGGCCUUCAGCUACCAGUGGCCGAUGGUGCGGCAGGUUCAAAUGCUGCAGAUAGUGCAAAUACCAGCCUAGUCAAUGGUAAGAUGCAGGAUGGCAAUGUGGACGCCAGCCAGAGCAAAGCCAAACAGCAGGAUGGAGCAGCCGCCAUGGAGAUGCAGCCCCUCAAGAGCGCCGAGGGUGGCGACGCUGAUGACAAGAAGAAGGCCAACAUGCACAAGAAGGAGAAGUCGGUGCUGCAGGGCAAGCUCACCAAGCUGGCGGUGCAGAUCGGCAAGGCGGGCCUGGUGAUGUCAGCCAUCACGGUGAUCAUCCUGGUGCUCUACUUCACCGUGGACACCUUCGUGGUCAACAAGAAGCCAUGGCUCCCUGAGUGCACGCCCGUCUACGUGCAGUACUUCGUCAAGUUCUUCAUCAUUGGUGUGACGGUGCUGGUCGUGGCCGUGCCCGAGGGGCUCCCCCUGGCUGUCACCAUCUCACUGGCCUACUCGGUGAAGAAAAUGAUGAAGGACAACAACCUGGUCCGCCACCUGGACGCCUGUGAGACCAUGGGCAACGCCACGGCCAUCUGUUCAGACAAGACAGGCACACUCACCACCAAUCGCAUGACAGUGGUGCAGGCCUAUGUGGGUGACGUCCACUACAAGGAGAUCCCUGACCCCAGCUCCAUCAAUGCCAAGACCAUGGAGCUACUAGUCAAUGCCAUCGCCAUCAACAGCGCCUACACCACCAAGAUUCUGCCCCCGGAAAAGGAGGGCGCCCUGCCCCGUCAGGUGGGCAACAAGACGGAGUGCGGCCUGCUGGGCUUCGUGCUGGACCUGAAACAGGACUACGAGCCGGUGCGCACCCAGAUGCCGGAGGAGAAGCUGUACAAGGUGUACACCUUCAACUCCGUGCGCAAGUCCAUGAGCACCGUCAUCAAGCUGCCGGACGAGAGCUUCCGCAUGUACAGCAAGGGCGCAUCCGAGAUCGUGCUCAAGAAGUGCUGCAAAAUCCUCAACGGGGCAGGUGAGCCCCGGGUCUUCCGGCCCCGUGAUCGGGAUGAGAUGGUGAAGAAAGUGAUUGAGCCGAUGGCCUGUGAUGGGCUUCGCACCAUCUGUGUGGCCUUCCGCGACUUCCCCAGCAGCCCUGAGCCCGACUGGGACAAUGAGAACGACAUUCUCAACGACCUCACCUGCAUCUGCGUGGUGGGCAUCGAGGACCCCGUGCGGCCCGAGGUCCCAGAAGCCAUCCGCAAGUGCCAGCGAGCAGGCAUCACAGUCCGCAUGGUCACCGGUGACAAUAUCAACACGGCCCGCGCCAUCGCCAUCAAGUGUGGCAUCAUCCAUCCUGGGGAGGACUUCCUGUGCCUUGAGGGCAAGGAGUUCAACCGGAGGAUCCGCAAUGAGAAAGGGGAGAUUGAGCAGGAGCGAAUCGACAAGAUCUGGCCAAAGCUGAGGGUGCUGGCUCGCUCCUCCCCCACGGACAAGCACACCCUGGUCAAAGGUAUCAUCGACAGCACGCACACGGAGCAGCGGCAGGUGGUGGCUGUGACAGGGGAUGGCACCAACGACGGGCCUGCACUCAAGAAGGCUGACGUGGGCUUCGCCAUGGGCAUUGCUGGCACAGAUGUAGCCAAGGAGGCCUCGGACAUCAUCCUGACGGAUGACAACUUCAGCAGCAUCGUCAAGGCGGUGAUGUGGGGCCGCAAUGUCUAUGACAGCAUCUCCAAGUUCCUGCAGUUCCAGCUGACGGUCAACGUGGUGGCCGUGAUCGUGGCCUUCACGGGUGCCUGCAUCACGCAGGACUCCCCUCUCAAGGCCGUGCAGAUGCUCUGGGUGAACCUCAUCAUGGACACGUUCGCCUCACUGGCUCUGGCCACCGAGCCGCCUACCGAGACCCUGCUUCUGAGGAAGCCGUACGGCCGCAACAAGCCCCUCAUCUCAAGGACCAUGAUGAAGAACAUCCUGGGCCACGCCGUCUACCAGCUCACCCUCAUCUUCACCCUGCUCUUUGUUGGCGAGAAGAUGUUCCAGAUCGACAGCGGGAGGAACGCGCCCCUACACUCGCCACCCUCCGAGCACUAUACCAUCAUCUUCAACACCUUCGUCAUGAUGCAGCUCUUCAACGAGAUCAACGCCCGCAAGAUCCACGGCGAGCGCAACGUCUUUGACGGCAUCUUCCGGAACCCCAUCUUCUGCACCAUUGUGCUGGGCACCUUCGCCAUCCAGAUAGUGAUCGUGCAGUUUGGGGGGAAGCCCUUUAGCUGCUCUCCGCUGCAGCUGGACCAAUGGAUGUGGUGCAUAUUCAUCGGGUUAGGAGAGCUCGUCUGGGGCCAGGUCAUCGCCACCAUCCCAACCAGCAGGCUCAAGUUCCUCAAGGAGGCGGGCAGGCUCACACAGAAGGAGGAGAUCCCAGAGGAGGAGCUCAACGAGGACGUGGAGGAGAUUGACCACGCUGAGCGGGAGCUGCGGCGGGGCCAGAUCCUGUGGUUCCGAGGCCUGAAUCGGAUCCAGACCCAGAUUGAAGUAGUCAAUACUUUCAAGAGCGGGGCCUCCUUUCAGGGCGCCCUGCGGAGACAGUCCUCCGUCACCAGCCAGAGCCAGGACAUCCGCGUCGUGAAGGCGUUCCGUAGCUCUCUCUAUGAAGGUCUAGAAAAGCCUGAGUCUCGAACCUCCAUCCAUAAUUUCAUGGCUCAUCCUGAGUUCCGGAUCGAAGAUUCACAGCCCCACAUCCCCCUCAUUGAUGACACCGACCUGGAAGAAGAUGCUGCGCUCAAGCAGAACUCGAGCCCGCCCACAUCGCUCAACAAGAAUAACAGCGCCAUCGACAGUGGGAUCAACCUGACGACCGACACAAGCAAAUCAGCUACCUCUUCAAGUCCAGGGAGCCCCAUCCACAGCCUGGAGACGUCGCUUUAGCUGAGGACCCCGCCGCCACCCACCUCCCCGGGCACCCACCCAUCCAGGCACUCGACUCACGCAAGCAGCAGCGAGCAACAACAGGAAACCAAAUACUGGCAAGAAAACCGUUUCCACCCAACAGACCUUUUUUCUGGCUGCGAUGCUGUUUGAACUCUUUUUCACUUUGAGACGAGGGCGGAAUCUCCUCCAGGGCUUAAGGGAGUGAGCGGGGUUCCCAGAACUAGCCCUUCCUGGCUCCCGCCCGACAUGGACCAGCCAUGCGCCCGCCCAGCCACCACACCCCCUGCAUGAAUGUACUGCACUCUUCUUCUCCUUGGUUUGGUUUGGGGGGGGGGUUGGGGAAGGGUUUUUUUGUUUGUUUGUUUGUUUUCAUAGGCGGGAACUGCAAAUGGACUCUUUUCUGAGACUAUUUAUCCAAUCCACUGAUCUGUGAGUUUUUGAAAUGCUUGCGCAGCAUGGUCUCAGUUGUAUAGGUUAAUUUAACAACUUUUUGAAAUUGCAGAGCUUAACUCGCCUAGAAAAUUUGCACCAAUGGAACCGAAGAACUUCAGACACUCACCAGGUUAUAUCCAUUUCUUUGUAUCUAUAUCAACGUAUACUUCUCCAAGAGCGUAUACGUCCAUAUAGAUAGGUAGAUAUAUAUAUAUAUAUAUAUUAUAUAUACAUGGAUAUAUAAAGUUUCUUUGCCGGCAUGUUGCCUUGUUUCCGCUUAAAUUGCUCUAUUUUAACUUAUUUAUGUCCUAAAAGAAGAAUGUAAUUUGUUUACAAACCUGUAGAUAACGUCUUCAGCUAUUUGUAUGGUUUAAGGACACUGGUGGCUGAGAUGCUAUGAAAACAGCUCAGCCCGACAGACACCUCCCUGGAUUGCAUCCUUGAUGUUUUAAGAUAGCCAUGCUCUGAUUUUUGCCUGCUAUUUCCGUUCAAUGACGUCACUACCGAGGGAGGCUCAGGCAGAAGCCAAAUGUUAGCAAGUAUCCAUCCUGAGGGGUCCAACAGUGUGCUUUGCAGACAAAGGGCGAGGAGGGAGAGAAGGCUUCCAGGGCUCAAAGCACUGAAGGCAGCUGGGCUCCCAGACAGCCAGUCUGCAAAGCACUGGGUGAAGACUUUUCUCUCAAUGAAAUUCACUUGCGUUUACUAAGAGCAUUUGAAACAGAGGUUCUCUCUGGCACUGUCUGUACAGAGAUUGAGGUAGUGUGGCAAUAUUAUAAAUGCUAUUGUGUUGAUUUUUUUUUCAGUUAGUAAUUUAGAGGCUUAUUUCCUUAUAAAUUCCAGCAUAAGAGCUGUUGGCAUAUUGGAUGAGGAUCAUUAUGGCUUGCUGCUUUUCUUUUUCUUUUUGAAAAAGAAUAGCCUUUUUCUCUGCACUAUCUAGAUCCGAACGAACCUUAUGAUGUGUACAUUGAGAUGUAUUCAGUGUGAUUUUUUUUUAACCCAGUUGUCUUCCUGUAGUCGCAAUAUACUGUAGCCUUCAAACAGCGAGUCUUGUUUCCCAGACAGAAAGCCAUUCUGAAACCCUACAGUAUCGCAGGCGAGAAAAGGUGGUUAUUUUUCCCCCAAGACAAUAACGGCACUAGUAAUCCCACUUCAUAAGAGCUUAUUUAAUUGUAUGUCAGCCUCUUAACUGCUAAGCACUUUGUGGGUAUCAGCUUUUUUCAUAAAAAGAACUUUUGUAUUUAAUACAAAGUUUGCUUUGAGACUUUUCAGCAUACGAUCUUUUUCCAUAAACUUGUACAGUGCAAAAGACAUUUUGAAUACCAUGAUCGACGAUGUCCCAUGCUUCAAGGAAAACCAAACACUUCCCGCCUCGCUUGCAAAAUGCAUUCUUCAUACUGAUCCUUCCCACAUUUGCUCUGAGUCAGCCCAGGCCCUUCCCUUCUCCAGGCCCAGAGAACUCUUCCACAAACAAGAUGAGAGCCACGCGGGAACAGAGCCAUAGUCAGCUGGGAGGGGCCUGCAUCUGGACGGCUGUGGAGAAACCCGAGGGUUUGGGGUCCCAAGUCAGCCCAUCCCACCUGGCAAAAACUUCCUGAAAGGAGGACCUUCUUUGCGCAAGAGCAUCUCCUGAAUGUCAUGAAGAAAUGUCUCUGAAUGUACCCAGCAGAGUAAACUGCAUCCCCUCACCCCACCCCACCCCACCCCCACCAGGGUGACCAGCUCUCAGAUAUGUUUAUUGGAUUCCAGCACCAACACCACUGAUUCAGCCCACUGCUCUCCUGCGAGAAAGAAAAGACCUGCUCCUGUAAAACAUGGGGCAGCCUUGGAACGUUGUGUGUUUGUGGGGUUUUUUGCUUUUUUGUUUUUUGUUUUUUGGCAGUUUACUUUUUCAAGGUUUUCCAUCUCCCCCUUUUGUUCCAACCUUGUGGCCAUGACCUCAUUCCUUGACACCAGGAAAGCUCCGCUUGUACGCAACACUGAUGCUCCCUGCUCAUGUGGAGCCAGGAUGCAAGGAAAGCAGUAGGGGGUCUCCCCAAGUGGGGCUUAGCUCAGGGGAUAAGGAGUGAUGGGAGCUACCAAGAAUGCCUGACAUCAGUGUUGGUCUUUUCUUGUCGGGAAUGAUGGAUGCUCUCCCACACACACACCCCCAGCUCCACACUUGCACACACACACACAUCCACACACACACAGGGAAUGAUUGGUUUGUCAGAACUCACUGUAGUACAUCAGGCUUGCACUCUGCGUCCUAUAUCUAGCAGCAUGGGGUACGUUUGGCAGUUCACCCCAUUAGGGGGUAAAUAAUUUAUGACCAUUCAUCUGUUUUUAUGAAUUUUUUUAUCUAGACAAUAAUUGUAAAUAAAGAACUCACCAUCUCUGUUCAUUUAAUACUA